AAAGUCUCAAGCCCCUCAAACUACUAAUAGAACACUGUCCAAGAGGGCCCCUUGAUACUGAUGUGGAUUCUCCCAAUUUGCUUAACCCUCUAGAGUCGUUCCUUUCACUUUUUCUGCUACACUCUGCACUCUCUCUCUCUCUCUCUCUCUCUCUCUACUUGCUUGCUAUUGCUGCCAACACAUCUUCCAAUUUAUGUACCUCUCUUCUCCUCUUUCUUCAGGCUAUACGCCAUGAGAAGAAAAGCACUACUCUACACUGGAAAAUAAUAGAGUAAAAAAGCCUUCUUCCUUUUGAGUUUUGAUCUUCUCUCUCUCUCUCUCUCUCUCUCUCUCUCUCUCUCUCUCUCUCUCUUGGUUGGGUUCUUCUUCACAUCACAACCUGAUAAAGUUUCUUCAGAGGACUGGCAUUCGGAUCUCAGUUAACUAAAAUUAAAUUUUACCACCCAAGCUAGUUUUCUCUUUUGGAUGGGGAAUGACUUCAAGGGGUGGUGACAUGAUCAUAUGCAUUCAUGGCUUCACUUAAUUCAUAUCAUUACUAUACAACCACCUCCUUGCUCAUCAUACUUCUUCUCCAUGAUUUGCUCUCUCUAUCUCUAGUUUCUGCCUCCAAUCAUCCUCAAUCUGCAAUUUCUCCAAGGGAACUGUUAUUUGGGGAGAAAAACAGGCUAGGUUCAAUUCCUCCCAGCUGUCACAACAAGUGCAAUGAUUGUCAUCCAUGCAUGGCAGUUCAAGUGCCAACUUUGCUAAGUCAUGACUCCAAUCCUCCAGAUCUUACCAAAACUGCUGCGAUGGCAAGUUUUCUUAACCCUUCUUCUCCCCAAGGCAACAGGUACUCCAAUUACAAGCCAUUGGGGUGGAAAUGCCAUUGUGGUGACCACUUCUUCAACCCUUAGAAAUUUGUAAAACGGCCCUCUUAUUUUUUGUUGGUUAAAUUUUAAUAUUUGUGGCUUAGGGGUCAGCUAGGGUAACAGAUUUGCGUACGUCAGCAUGGAUCCUAUACAUUAGAGCUUGAUACACUUGUACAGAGUUUGUUACAGACCUCAUGAAUUUCAACUUUAUUCUGUUGCAUCUUAAUUUUGAGAAAGUUGCCUGUUCCUGCUUUUGUGUCUGUUAGGAUCAUAUCAUUUGAGUUA